CAACGACGAGUUACAAACAAAUGAAACGGUGGCGGUUAUUUGUUGCUCUGUUCUUAUUCCUGACUGCACUGACCUGCCGAGGGAUUUAACGUUACCAGCAGUUCGGCGAGGAUGGCUUCAAUGAGCCAGAGACGCAACAUGUCGCUCAGCCGUCACCAGAGGAUGGUCGUGGAAGGCCAGAGGCUGGAGCAGCAGCGUGAGGAUCAGGCCAGACAGGUCACUAGAGACAAGGAGAUGCUAGCCAAUCUGAAGAGCGAGGAGAGGUUUGAGAGGAAAAUAUAUAUGCGCAAGAUGCAGGAUGAAGAGUAUGAGAGACAAAUAGAAGAAGCUUACAUGAAGGCAGAGCAAGACAGAAUAUUGAAGGAGAAGCAGCUGGAGCAGGAGGAGAGGAUGGCUAAGGAACUGGCCCGCAUUACUUAUGAGAAAAUGCGAGAUGAAAAAAUGAGACAGUACAUCAAAGAAAACAGUGUGGAACUUCGUGAGCUGGAGGCAAAGCUGAAGUCAGCUUACUUAAACAGAGAAAGGGCUGCACAGAUAGCCGAGAAAGAGGCCAUGAGGUACAAGGCCAUGAAGGAGGAAGCUGAUACUGCCCGUAAACUGAAGAGUGAGCAGGAACAGGCAGCUAUAGAGAAGGAGAAACAGGAGCAGAGGCGCUAUGAGGAGCUGGUGCGCUAUCAGCAGGAGUUGGAGCAGCAGCUGGAAGAGAAGGAACGGAAGAGGCAGGAGGCCUAUGAGGAGUUCCUUAAGGAAAAACUCAUGGUGGAUGAAAUCGUACGGAAGAUCUAUGAAGAGGAUCAAAUGGAGCGUCAGCUCCGGUUUGAGAAGAUAACAGCCACACAGAGGUACAUUGAGGAGUUCAAGAAGCAUCAAGCUGAAUGGAGACGCAUGGAGCGUGAGAAAAUGGAGGAGGAGAACAGAAGAAUUCUGGAGUUUGCUAAGUACCAGCAGAGGAAAGAAGAGGACAGGAUGGCAAGUGCUAGGAGGAGAGAAAAGGCUAAAGAGAAUCUCCAAAAGAUGCUCACUGAGAAGAUUGAAAUGGAACGGCAGCAGCGUAAGGAGAUGGAACGUGUCCGGGAGGAGCUGUACUUGGAGGAGCAGGCAGAGGCUGUUAGACAGAAAGAAAUUGAGGAAAUGGAGCAGAGGAUCAGGCAGAGGCUGGAACUGCAGCAGGCGUUUCAGGAGCAGCUGGCCUUCAAACAGCUGCGGCAGCAGACUGAGAAGGAGGAAGAAGAAGCAUUCAGGCAGAUGAUGCUGGCCAAAUUUGCAGAAGAUGACCGCAUUGAGCAGAUGAAUGCGCAGAAACAGCGAAUGAAACAGCAGGAGCACAAGCAUGCUGUGGAAAGGCUUAUCAAGGAGAGGAGGCAGCAGUACCUGGCUGACAAGGAGCGUGAGACAGAAGAGAGAGCAAUGGAGCAGGAAAGAGAAGCCCUGCGCCGACAGAUCAUUGAAGAGGAAAGACAGAAGCUUCUCAAACAGCAUGCUACAAAACUCCUGGGGUACCUACCAAAGGGCAUUUUCAGGGAGGAUGACUUGGAGCACUUUGAUGAAGAUUUCAAAAGUAAUUUCAAGAAACGUCAAGCUGAUAUAUUCUCAGAAGAGGGCUGGGGAGAGGAACAAUAACACACUUCCACUCAGGAUCACUAAAUGGCAGAGUUUUUCAGUGAAGUUUUUUUAUUAUUCCUGUCCUUUGCAUUACAUUAUCAAAAGAAGAAGGGGUUCAGUGCUUUCCAUGUUAUUCGAUGAGUUUAAAUGUAUUUUGCUAAAUGCAUUUUAAAAACAUUUAAACAUGCAUAUCAUGCAGAUGCAAGACAUC